AUGAAAGACAAGUCACUAUGCUACAAUUGUCCUGAUAGACUUCUCAAGCUUCAAGAAGUCCAUGAGAACGACAAUGAGAGUACACAUGAAGCAGAUGAGCUAAUGAUGCACGAAGUUGUGUAUCUCAAUGAGGAUACUGUGAUGCCAAGAAAGCUCGAGACACACACUGAGGGAGACAACAUGUGGUAUCUAGACAAUGGAGCGAGCAACCACAUGUCUGGAAACAUAGAGUAUUUUUCGUUGCUGGAUGAGAAAGUCACGGGCAAAGUGAGGUUUGGCGAUGAUUCUCGCAUCGACAUCAAAGGAAAAUGCUCGAUAGUUUUCAUUAAUAACGAAGGUAAGAAGAAAAUAUUAGCGAAUGUUUAUUAUAUACCAGAGCUACGAAGUAAUAUCAUCAGUUUGAGGCAAGCUAUUAAAUCUGGAUGCGACGUAAGAAUGAAAGACAACUACCUCACAUUGUUUGAUCGUGAUGGAAACCUAUUGGUGAAAGCAAUCAGGUCUAGAAACCGUUUGUACAAGGUAACUAUGGAAGUCGACAAGACUAACUUAAAGUGCCUUCAGCUUUCCACAGACGGUGUGUCUACUACUUGGCAUGCAAGACAUGAGCAUGUUGGCUUAGAGACCAUGAGAACAAUGAUCAUUAGAGAGAUUGUCACAGGCAUACCUAACAUGACCGUUGAUAAGGAGACAUGUGCAUCGUGUUUGAUGGGAAAACAAAUGAGAUAA